UCAUCAUCAUCUCUCUCUCUCUCUCUCUCUCUCUCUCUCUCUCUCUCUCUCUCUCUAGGGUUUAUACCUUUCAAUGGAGAAACAGAGUCUCCAACCAGUUUGCGGCCAAGAGGCUCUUCAACUUCUCAAUUGCGUCGCGGAUUCAAAGUUCGAUCAAGAGAAAUGUCUCCGACUCUUGCAAUCUCUCAGAGAAUGUGUUCUCGCAAAGAAAGUAAAGAAUUUCUCGAUACCGAAUCAAGACCAUGUCUCUGACGGAGCAGCUUCAGCUACAAAGAAACCUUCAUAACCUUCCUUGUUGUGAUUUUCUUUUUAUCUUUUGAGUUGUAAUCACAUAAUGUAAUGCCUGAACUCAUAAGUUGGGGGUCAUGUCACGUUUUCCCCCAUUGUUGUCUUCUGUGUUGAAUAUUACAUGUCACGGUUCCACAUUGACAUCGUGAACUUCAUAACCUUCCACACUAUUGAUUUAAUGUAAUGCCUCGAACUUCAUAACC